GUUCAACGCGCUGCCCGGAGGAGAUGGAAACGAAACCUAGCUAGUAAGGAGGAACUGGCAAGAAAGUGAAGGAAAGUAGUAGAACUGUCAGGUACAAAAUGGGAAGCGAGGCAAAGAGCAAUGGCAGCAGUGGAGGAGGAGGAUUCAGGUCAAAAAUAGAUAAUUUCUUGUACAGUGGAGACAAGAAGCAUGUCUUGGCUGGUAUCGCCAUCAUCAGUGUUGCUUUUGGCGUCCCCUGGUACCUCAUGAGCCGAGGAACAAAACAUCAGUCCCACCAAGAUUACUUGGAAAGAGCCGAUAAAGCACGAAGUGAAAGACUUUCCUCUAGUUCUGCACGAUGAGCUUUGCAGACUCUUGAAGGGAUCGAUAACCAGUGAGAAUUUUACAGUUAAAAGUAUAAUUAAGGGCCCCUUGUUAUUGAGCACACUUCCCUUCGCCUUUUAUGUGCCAAAACUAGUUGACAGCCUUGAUCAGGGUGAUUUUCUUUCCUAUGUUAUUUAGAUGCACAUAUGAUUUUCGGUUGAGAAGUUGAAAUAUUUGAGAAUGAGAAGUCUAGUUAGAAACUCCAUCAGAAAAUUUUCUUCUGGCAAUUAGAUAGUACACAUUCGCUGAAUGGAAAUAAGUAUGGUUUGUGUUGGAGAUGAGUUGACAUGAUGAUCUAGUGAUCUCAAUGUUCUACAAAUGGUGUUCUUGUGUUUAUCCAUAUGUGCCAACUCUAUUUAUCUA